AUGGAAGGUCUCGGUCUCCCUGAUGAUGGCUCUGUUCGAUCUUCUGAACGGACCGUUACCGAGACUUCCCCUAUGACCACCGGGAAUAACCUCUCAUCGGCUCAUCACUUUGUUUCUUUAAAGCUGAUAUCCCGUAAUUAUCUCUUUUGGCGGACACAGAUGCUACCGUUUCUUGAAGGUCAAGGUCUUCUUGGCUUCAUCGAUGGUAGUCUACAAUACCCGGUCGCAGCGCCAGCCACCACCACCGACACUGCUGCCUCGACUGCCGACAGUCUCACGGCAGCGAACGAACUCGUUGCUUGGCAGGUAGAUUGGAGGAGACAAGACAAGGUUAUCUUGUCCCUCUUAAUUUCGUCUCUUUCGAAGGAGACGAUGCGGUUCACCGUUGGUCGGUCUACUUCCCGGCAACUCUGGCUCACCAUCGAACAAUCUCUUGCCUCUUCCUCACGUUCUCGGGCAUUACGGUUAUUCGGUGAAUUGCAAGCCCUUCGGCAAGGUGAUUCUUCCAUCGCAGAUUAUAUUGGUCGUGCACAGUUGUUGGUUGAUGAUUUGGCUCUUGUCGGUCGUGCUGUUACGUUAGACGACCAGAACCUAUACGUCUUCCGUGGCUUGCGAUUUGAGUUUCGUCCGCUUGUAGCAACCCUAGCUCGGGGUGCUGCGGUUCCGCUUGCAGAGGUGGCGGAUUUCUUGGUGUCACAAGAGUGGAUCUACGCUGCCGAUGGAGACGGAGGGGCACCGCAGGUUGCAAUGGUCGUUGGCCGAGGCGGUGCGGCCUCCAGCCACGGUGGCCGUGGCAACAUGACACAGUAG